CAGGAGGUUGACGUUGAAGUUAGGCUUGGUGCUCAGGCCAUCCAAAAGAGAAGUAGUUGCAAGUAUCUUGGGUCUAUCAUGCAAGGCAGCGGAGAGAUUGAUGAUGAUGUCACACAUCGUAUUGGGGUAGGGUGGAUGAAAUGGAGGCUCGCUUCCGGAGUGCUAUGUGACAAGAAUGUGCCACCAAAACUUAAGGGCAAGUUCUACAAAGUGGUGGUUAGACCGGCUAUGUUGUAUGGGGCGGAGUGUUGGCCAGUUAAGACUUCUCACAUUCAAAAGAUGAAAGUUGCUGAGAUGAGAAUGCUGAGAUGGAUGUGUGGGCACACCAGGAGCGACAGGAUUAGAAAUGAGGCUAUUCGGGAUAAGGUAGGAGUGGCCUCGGUGGAAGACAAGAUGCGAGAAAUACGACUGAGAUGGUAUGGACAUGUGAAGAGGAGAGACACAGAUGCCCCAGUGCGGAGGUGUGAGAGGCUGGCCAUGGAUGGUUACAGAAGAGGUAGGGGUAGGCCGAAGAAGUAUUGGGGAGAGGUGAUUAAACAGGACAUGGCGCAGUUACAGCUUACAGAGGACAUGACCUUAGAUAGGAGGAUGUGGAGGACCCACAUUAGGGUAGAAGGCUAGUUCAUAGUCUCGUUAUUCUUCUCUAUUCAUAGGUGUAGUAGUGCAUUACGAUCUCUUGCGCUUUGACUUCUGAUUUCUGUUAUUUCUGUUAUUAUUUAUUACUUUCUAUGCUUUGAUUACUCAAUUUUACCUGUGACGCUUUCAUUAUUUAUUUAAUCGUUAUUUGUUAUUAGUAUUUAUUUAUUUGUAUUUAUUUGUUAUCUAUUCGUUAUUUAUUUGUUGUUUUUCUCAUAAAGCUUUUAAUUUUCUAUUCUUAUCUAACAUUUUUUAUGCAUUUAUGCUUUUACUGAGCCGAGGGUCUCCAGGAAACAGCCGUCCUACCUUGGUAGGAGUAAGGUCUGCGUACAUUCUACC